UCUCCAGCUUGGGAGGGACGGAGAGGGAGAGGGAGAGAUGAGGAUGGAAGGAGGGGAGGAAACGCAGGCUCCAGAGAGGGUGUCUUUGAGCUGGGAGAGCCACCCGCCGCAGCCCGCAAACAGCAGCCGGGCUAAGUGGGUCCGGCUGAACGUCGGGGGCACGGUUUUCCUCACCACCAGGCAGACCUUGUGCCGGGAGCAGAAAUCGUUCCUCUGCCGCUUGUGCCAGGGGGAGGAGCUGCAGUCAGACCGGGAUGAGACUGGUGCAUACCUUAUAGACCGGGACCCCACAUAUUUUGGACCCAUCCUGAAUUUCCUCCGUCAUGGCAAGCUGGUAUUGAAUAAAGACAUGGCUGAGGAGGGGGUUCUAGAAGAAGCUGAAUUCUAUAACAUCGGCCCUUUAAUCCGAAUAAUCAAGGACAGACUGGAGGAGAAGAACUACACCGUAACACAGGUGCCUCCGAAGCAUGUGUACCGGGUGCUGCAGUGCCAGGAAGAAGAGCUCACUCAGAUGGUUUCCACUAUGUCAGAUGGAUGGCGCUUUGAGCAGCUGGUGAAUAUCGGGUCAUCCUACAACUAUGGGAAUGAGGACCAGACAGAGUUUCUGUGCGUAGUCUCCAAAGAGCUGUACAACUCACCCAAUGGCCUGAGCUCUGAGCCUAGCCGCAAAGCCAAGAGCACAGAGGAGGAUCCAGAGAAGGAAGAGCAGGAGGAGGAGGAGGAGGCAGAGGAGAAAGGUGCAUCAAAUCCCUGAGGAAAAUAAUAAUAAAAACCCAACCAUAAAGCCGUCUGUUCCCGUCUGUUUAUGGCAGCCCUCUGGGGGAAAGCGUCGCAGCGACUCCACUCCUCACCCUCAACUUGUUGCCUUUGUUUUUAAAGUUCUGUUUUGGAAUAUCGUUUCUGAAGCUCACACCCGCAUCCCCCCUGAGAAAGGCAGAUACCCCCGCCUGUGUGUCUGACUUGCUGCAGAGGAUGUAAUCCACACCCUGCAUUCUCCCCAGGCCCACAGAAUUCCCCUUCUUUAGGGUCACAGUCAGUGCUUAAUUUGUGCCAGGGCUAGGCUUGGCAGCUCAUAGGCCCGGCACCUCUGGACUUGCCGCAUCAGUUUUGAAAGUAAAUCAUUGCUUGAGCCCCGGCACCUCUUUCAUACAAAUUAAGCACUGGUCACAGUGACCCCUGCUGGAGAGGGCAGAACUCAGCAGCUACACGCUUCCUUCCUACCCCCACCUGCUGACUAGAUUCAGGCCUGUGUGUUUGAUUUACUGUCAGAGCCACUGUUGGGGAGGGCAGUUGAGCUGUGCUUGUCACCAGGGGGAAUCCCUGCCUCUCUCCAGAUAGCCUGUACUUAGCACAAGGAGAAAAGGGGCAGCACUGACCCUUUGCUGGGUAAUAUACACACAGAGGCCCUGCAGUGAGAGGUUUAAUUUCAAUGGGGGAGAAAGAGGCAGGAAUAUAGCAUGGCGUACCUGGCUUCUGAUGUAGCUUCUGACUGUUCUAGGAAGGAGAUGCCUGCCAGUGCUUCUAGGCAUGGGAUGUUUCCGCUGUGUUAUAACUCCUGAAUAAAUGUCACUGUCCUUUACUGGCUGUCUCCUCUCGUUUUUGCCACAGCACUUUGGUGCUCAUGGGAAGGACCCGAGAGCUAGGAUAGAGGCCUUAGAUUAAUUGCACGAGGACAUUAGAAAUCAUCCGCUCAGAGCCAGUCUUCCUUCCCCACUCCUUUGUUCAGGACUGGCAAGUGAGGCAGGAUGUGUGUGUGAAUGGAGUCCCUGUACCCAGCACUCUGUAGGCCAGGAGACUUAUGGUCCCAGUGGAAAUGAUGUUGGGCUAAGGAAGCUGUGUCCAUUGCUCACUCGGCCCAGGAUAAAAUUCAUAAACACACAUGAUACAAAAGUUGUUUGCUGGGUGCAGCUCAGCCUGGAGGCUUGGCCCUGGCCUUUGCUCCUGGUCACCUAUUCUGACCCUAACAUACCUAAGUACUGAUAUUUAUUGCACACAUUGUCUUCCAUUCUUAGGGGCGGAAGGGGAUGUUCUCCUGGUUCCUGGCUAAAGUGACAGAGACAUUCCCACAGUCCCAGGGAGCCUGGCUGGGCUUCCCUUUACUGUCUGUGUCGUUCCCCAAGUGUGUACAGCAGGGCUGAUGGAGGAACUUCUUCCUGUUGCAGUUCACACCACAGUGAUGAGCACUGUAUAAGCACCCGCACAGAUUACAGAUGGUUCAUGCUGUC